CUAUAUAAUCCCCUCCGCAGCAGAUCCCCAUUCAAUCCAUCACUCCCUCUAAGAAGAGUGAAGGAAGAGUUAAAAAGUCUCGAGAGCGUUCACAAUGUCGACGGCGAUGGUAAGAGAGUCCGAACACGAGGAGGAAAUGGUGGAACGAAUAGAACCAAUCCACGUGUCCGACGUGUCGCUGGAGUCCUUCCUCAAAGCUGCCGUCUCCCUCAAAAACAAGGUAGUGGAUGCCACGUGGACGAUGAGGAAGGAUGCUUUGGUCGAUCCGACGGCGUACACGGGGCUGUUGGGGACGGCGAUGGUGUGCCUGAGGUCGUACGAGGCCACCGGCUGCUCGGGUGAUUUGAACUUGUGUGCUGAGAUAGCGGACACGUGUACGGUCGUGGCGCGUAACUGUAACAGGGACCUGACCUUUUUGUGUGGGAGAGCUGGGGUUUAUGCGCUAGGGGCCGUUGUUGCAAACUAUAGAGAUGACCAAGCAAGGCGAGACCUCUUCUUGGAUCUAUUCUUUGAGGCAGCAAGUGAUCCAGCUCUCCCAGUGGGACCCGAAGACGGAGGUUUCGGAAUGCCAUACGAACUCCUCCACGGAAGAGCCGGCUUCCUCUAUGCCGCCCUCUUCAUCAACCAGUACCUUGGACCCCACACAAUCCCCGACCAGAUCCUCAACCCGAUCAUCAACGCAGUCCUCGCUGGCGGCCGAGCCGGUUCAUCGGUCAACUCGGAUUGCCCAUUGAUGUACAGGUGGCACGGGACCCGAUACAUGGGUGCAGCCCACGGCCUAGCUGGUGUUCUGCACGUGCUUCUACAAUUCCGUCUUGAGAGGAAGGAGGAUGCUGAGGAUGUGAAGGAAGCUAUUAGGUACUUGAUCAGGAGUCGGUUUGGGCAGAGUGGUAAUUAUCCGUUGAGUGAAGGGAAUAGGAGGGAUUGGCUCGUGCAGUGGUCUCAUGGAGCUGGGGGUGUAGGGAUCAUGCUAUGCAAGGCCGCUCAGGUAUUUCCAAGCGAUCGUGAGUUCCGUAACGCUGCCAUAGAAGCAGGCGAAGUUGUAUGGAAAAGAGGCCUGAAUCACAAGCUCAGUCUCUCCGACGGUAUUUCAGGCAACACUUAUACUUUCCUCUCGUUAUAUAAUCUAACCAAGGAACAAAUAUAUCUCGAGAGGGCCAAAGCUUUCUGCGAAUUUUUGUACCACAAUGCGGAAAAGCUUAUGGCCUCCAGCCCUAUUAACGAUGUCGAGAGUAAGUAUUCUCUCUUCCAAGGACUCGGUGGAGUUGCGUGCUUGUGGUUUGAUUUGAUAUCUCCAGAGAACGCUAGGUUUCCUGGAUUUGAACUGUGAGUUCUGGGCUUGGAAAAUGAUCACGAAUUGUAAUUACAACGCACAAGCUUGAGAUUGUGAAUGUGCAGAAGUGGAGUUGAAUAUUGGAGUGUUUUCAUCAA